CCCGAGCAGCGGACCCGCUUGUCAGUCACCGAAUUUCUCUGCUCCCUUUCCCCCUCUCCUCGCUUCGCCCUAGUAAACCGUGGCGCGAUGCCACGGCCGGAGGAGCGGCAGCGCGUAGGGAAGGCAGCCGGGGAGGCGGGGAUCGUCGCGGACGCUGUAUGCCACUUCAAAUCUCCUGACAGCGAGUCUUUCGGGAAGGAGAAGAUGAGUCGCUGGAUCUCGCAGUCCUGGGCCAAAAACAGAAGAAGGUUUGCAUCGAUGUUAGUGAGAGCAACAGAUGGUUUCUUGGCAAAAAAUCUGUUGGGUUCUGGAGCAUUUGGGACAGUAUUCAAAGGAAAUAUAGGAGCCCAAGCUGGUCAAAGUACAAGCCUUGCUGCUGUUAAGGUCCUAAAACUUCAAACUCCUGGUGGGCUGGAGAGUUUCAUUACUGAAUGUGAAGCACUCCGAAACCUACGGCACCGAAAUCUCGUCAAGAUAAUUACAGCCUGCUCAAGCAUUGACAACAAAGGGAAUGAGUUCAAAGCAAUUGUUUAUAGCUUCAUGCCAAAUGGUUGUUUAGAAGGCUGGCUGCAUCCUGACACAAAUGACCAACUAGCCAAGCACUUGCAUAUUUUGCAGCGGGUCACUAUACUCCUUGAUGUGGCUGAUGCACUGGAUUACCUACAUUGCCAUGGGCAUGCACCAGUUUUACAUUGUGAUCUGAAACCAAGCAACGUGCUCUUAGAUGCUGAGAUGGUGGCCCAUGUUGGAGACUUCGGACUUGCUAAGAUUCUUGUUGAGACAAACUCAUAUUUCCAACAGUCAACGAGCUCAAUGGGAUUUAGGGGGACAAUUAGUUACACACCCCCAGAAUAUGGUGUUGGAAACAUGGUAUCGACCUAUGGAGAUAUCUACAGUUAUGGAAUUCUUGUGUUAGAAAUGGUAACUGCGAAGAGGCCCACUGAUAGCGAAUUCAUAGGAGGAUUGAGCAUCCGUCAGUAUGUUAAGCUGGGUCUUGGUGGUAGAGUGAUGGAUGUCAUUGACACCCAGCUGUCUUUGAACCUAAAAAAUGAGCUUCAGACUACAGAUGAUUAUUCAUACAAACUGAAGAUUGAUUGCCUGAUUUCUCUGCUUAGAUUUGGGCUGUCUUGCUCUCAGGAAAUGCCAUCGAGUAGGAUGGCAACAGGACAUAUAAUCAAGGAACUGCAUGCCAUAAAAGAAAUUCUUCACUCGUAGGGAAUCUAGAAUCUGAUGAAGCAUGAUUUUGUACGUUUACGUUAAAAUAUCCUUGAGGUCCUCAUAAAUGUCUGGAGUUUAAUCCUGGGGUGAAGUUUCCCAGUUUCAUCCCAUUUGCAUUGCAUGGCUAAUGGAUUCUGGUGGAAUGGAUAUUACUGUGUCUUUUUUGUGAAUGUAAAAUAUGUUUUGACCAUGCAGAACGUAUUGAAUAUGAUAUUUUGGUGUUCUACGGAAGUAGACCUUAUCAUUUAUUUA